AUGUUCGCUCCUCUCGCUUCUCGACAAGUUGCUAUUAUUGCUCGUUCAUCAAAUCUCCGUCAAGUUUUUGGGGGUUUUCCUGUUCAAGCAAUCUUUAAUCCAAACCAGGCAAUGAUGUUUAGUACAAGUGCCAUUCGAAAGGAUAUUGACAGUGCUGCGAAAUAUAUUGGAGCAGGAGCGGCAACUGCUGGAGUCGCUGGUUCCGGUGCUGGUAUUGGAAACGUUUUUGGAUCUUUGCUCAUUGGUUUCGCUCGCAAUCCUUCUUUGAAGCAGCAACUCUUCUCCUAUGCAAUUCUCGGUUUUGCAUUGUCCGAAGCUAUGGGGCUUUUUUGCUUGACUAUGGGCUUUCUUAUUUUGUUUGCUCUUUAG